UGAAAAAAGAAUUAACCAUGUGCAAGAAAAAAAUAACAAAGCAAAAAUUGGAUCGAGAGAAAUUCCGAAAUCUGUGGAUGAACAAUUAGCUGAAAUAAUGGCAAUUAUUGAUAAGGAGCAGAAACGAUUAGUAAAACCUGAGGAUGUUGCCAAAAUAAUUUAUCUUAGAGAUCAUUGCAUAAGCUACCAUCACAUACAACCAUACGAUUAUGUUAAUAUUGAAACAGCGAAGAAGCGCAUUAGUGAUAAGUUACAAGAACGUGAGGACUUUGACAUUAUAAUGAAAGGUUUGGAGCCAGAAAUAAUUGAUGACUAUAAACGAAGCAUUCGUAGUGCAAUUGUGGAUUACAUUUUGAUAGAUUCCGAUGAACGAAAACGUUUAUCUAUCGAGACUUUUCCUAUCGAAUUUCCCGUUUUGUGCAUUCGAGCACCAGUGCCCUGGCAUCAGUCCAAAGUUAUGGCAAGUCAUUUGGUGCGACACAAUCUUUUUAUCGGGAAUGAGAUAUUAAGAGACAUCCAAGAUCUAUGGUUUAAAAAAUACCAUCAAAUAAGAAUAAUUCAUAUGCAAGAUUUUGGCACGCUUCCUGUUCCGGCUAUGGAAAUUGAACCAAGACUUGACGCCUUGUGUGUUGCUGCUACCGACAUUCUUGUUAAAGAAUGGCUGGCCGACGUGGCGGAAAUCUUUCUCGAGAAAAAACACGAUUGGUCGCAAUACUUUGAAACGCAAUCCGACGCAUCCACCGCAAUGAUAGAGAAAUAUUUUCGCAGCGUUAAUUCUUUAUUAUCGAAGCAAUUGCGAAUCAUGAUAAUGAAAACGCUAGAAGAUGUAAGGGACUUUUUUAUGCGGUACAAAGCUGGCAAUAUGUUCGAAGGAGAUUACAAGGAUCUCAUGUUUCUCGAAACUCCUUUCAUAACAGUAAAAGUGGAACCAGAACUUAAUACGACGAGAUUGCACUGCAGACCGAGUGUCUUAAAAUUGCACACCAUGAUCUCGCAAUGUUUUGACAAAAUCAUCAUGGUAGGCGCCGCGAUACCCAAAAUAGAGGCUAUUCUGUUUCCGGAACUAAAGAAUGUUGGUCAUUUAUUUCCUAUUUUGCGAUUUGAAGAUACGGUAUUGAGCAUCAUCAACGACGUCUUGGACGUAAUUAUUAAGCAUAUGACUGGUCCCGAUAAUUAUCUCAACUGCUAUCAGAAUUUGCUGUAUAUCACGAGUGGGACAGCCGCAAAAAAAUUAGACAAUUUUUUCAAGCUUGAGCCGGUACCAUUGUUACGAGAGUUUGAACAACAGAUAAAGGCAUAUGAUGCUUUGCGAAAAGAGAUUUGUAUGUUUCGAUGUAAAAUUCCACUAAAUAUGAUCGAGAUCGAUUGUAGUACAGUGAAUGAUACGAUGAGAGAAAUUCUGUAUACGCUUCGAAGUAGAAUAUGUGACUUUUUUGCGGACGAGUUACGAGCUAACAAUCGUGAAUUGUGCUCAGUUUUUGACGAGAUUGCGGAGACUAUUUCGAAGAUGCCGGAAACGACACAGCAAGUUGUCGAGCUGUACAACUAUUUGUGCGAGAGCCGCGAUACGACGAUGUUCAAUCUGAGAAGACGGUUAGCGCGUUCGGUCGAACUGACAUUGUUCCUAUUUGAUCAUCAGCCGCUCUCGGACGAAGAUAUUCACUUAAAUUCACGUACUAUCACUUGGCCAAAGGAAAUGGAAGUUGUGAUGGAAUUGGCGAGUAAUAGAUUAAACAUGAGAAAGGACUUUCUGGAAACGAUGCUUCGUACGAGACGAAAUACCUUUGAGAAGAAAAUAAUUACGAUACAACUGGAGAUCGAGCAAUUCAAGCGAAAAGAUCCACCGGUUCUCACGAUGGAGGAAAUGGAACAAGCUGUAAAAGAAAUUGAACACAUUUCUGCAACCAUGACAGAGAUCCGUAAGGAAGCUGAAGAGAUCAAUGAGGAGGAGGGACUGCUGGACAUGGAACUGAGCCCGUACAUGGAGCUGCCAGCUAUGUCUAGCACGGUCGACACCUUCGACAAGCUCUGGCAUAUCGCUUUGGACUUCCAUCGUAAUUACGACAAAUGGUUCUAUGGUCCAUUUAUGGGUCUGGACGCUGAGCAAGUGCGCGAGGAAACCGAAAAUACAUGGCGAACCUUAUACAAGCUGUCGCGUAUGCUAACGGACGUACCAGGCGCGAGACGCGUCGCCGAGAUGGUGCGCGGCAAAGUGGAGAAGUUCCGGCAAUUUAUUCCAGUAUUGCAGAUUAUUUGUACACCGGGUCUGCAAACGCGACACUGGGAGGCGAUUAGCAAGAUUAUCGAUGUGCCGAUAGUAUUAACAGACAUUAGUAAUCUAUCAGAAAUGAUUGAGUAUGGUCUACCCGCUUACAUUGCCAAGCUGGAAGAGAUAGGUUCAGCAGCUACGAAGGAGUACACUUUGCAGCGAAAUCUGCAGAAAAUGAAGGAGGAGUGGCAGGAGGUGUACUUCGAAUUGACACCUUAUCGAGAAACUGGGGUGUAUAUAUUAUCCGCUGUAGACGACAUACAGAUGUUGCUGGACGAUCACAUUCUCAAGGCGCAGACUAUGCGCGGUUCGCCUUUUGUGAAGGCAUUUGAACAAGAGAUGCAACAAUGGGAAGAAAAACUGAUAAUGAUGCAGGAUAUCAUUGAUCAGUGGCUGCUUUGCCAGGGCACUUGGAUGUAUCUCGAGCCGAUAUUUAGUAGUGAGGAUAUUAUGCGCCAGAUGCCGACCGAAUCGCGAAACUUUCGCAGGAUUGAUAAGAUCUGGCGUAGCAUUAUGUCAUAUGUUUUUGACAAUAGACGGGUGACCGAUGCUACCGCAAUGCCGAAUAUGCUGCAGGAAUUCAAGCUCUGCAACUCGCUUCUCGAGGAGAUCCAGAAGGGUCUGAACGAUUACUUGGAGAAAAAACGUCUGUUCUUCCCGCGAUUCUUCUUCUUGUCAAACGACGAACUCCUGGAGAUUCUGUCCGAAACCAAAGAUCCACAGCGAGUGCAGCCGCAUCUGCGGAAGUGCUUUGAAGGUAUCAGUAAGCUCCGUUUUACUAAGGACGAGGAGAUCAUUGGCAUGUUAUCGGCUGAGGAGGAGUACGUGCCCCUAAGCGGCAAGAUUUAUCCGGCCGAUGCGAAAGGUAUGGUUGAAAGAUGGUUGUGUCAAGUCGAAGAGCUCAUGGUGAUAUCAUUGCGCGAUGUCGCCGAGCAGAGUAUAAUAGCAUACUUCGAUGCCAUGCGUGAGGAGUGGGUGCUUUCGUGGCCCGGUCAAAUCGUCAUCUGUAGCAGCCAAAUACACUGGACCAGUGAGGUGUACGAAUCCUUCGAGGAUCGUUCCACGGCAUCUUAUCUGCAUAAGUGCACUGAUCAAAUAGAGGAUAUUGUGGCGCUCGUACGUGGUAAAUUAGAACCCGGUGCCAGGAUAACAUUGAACGCCCUGAUAGUUAUAGACGUACACGCCCGGGACGUAGUGAAGCUGUUGGUCGACAAACGAGUCGACAAUCCUUCGGAUUUCAACUGGAUAGCGCAACUUCGUUACUACUGGCUGGACGACUGCAUCACCGUCUCUAUGGUCACGACUAAUAUUAUGUAUGCCUUCGAGUAUCUCGGCAACACGUCCAGACUGGUGAUAACACCACUAACGGAUCGAUGCUACAGAACUCUGAUGGGCGCACUAAAACUAAACCUGGGUGGUUCGCCGGAAGGGCCGGCGGGCACUGGUAAGACGGAAACGGCUAAAGAUCUCGCGAAAGCCGUGGCCAAACAGUGCGUGGUGUUUAACUGUUCUGAGGGACUUGAUUACAAGGCGAUGGGCAAGUUCUUUAAAGGUCUCGCGCAAUCGGGAGCCUGGGCGUGUUUCGAUGAGUUUAAUAGGAUCGAACUGGAGGUGCUGUCCGUGAUUGCACAACAGAUAUUAUCAAUACAGAUGGCCAUAAGUAUGAAGCUCGACAAAUUUGUGUUCGAGGGCACUGAAUUAAAAUUGAAUCCCACUUGCAACGUCAUUAUAACUAUGAACCCAGGUUACGCCGGUCGGCAGGAGCUACCGGACAAUCUGAAGGUGUUAUUCCGAACAGUAGCGAUGAUGGUGCCGGACUAUGCCAUGAUCGGUGAAAUCACCUUGUAUUCAUACGGCUUCACGGAUGCCAAGCCUCUCGCAGAGAAAAUAGUUCACACCUACAAGCUGUGCUCUGAACAGUUAAGUUCGCAAAGUCAUUACGAUUACGGAAUGCGAGCAGUCAAGACCGUGCUGAUAGCGGCUGGCAAUCUGAAACUUAAGUAUCCGAAGCGCAACGAACAUAUUCUAGUCCUACGUGCCAUUGUGGACGUCAAUCUGCCCAAGUUCUUGUCCGAAGACAUUUCUCUCUUCAACGGCAUCUACAUGGAUCUCUUCCCGGACGUGCAGUUGCCUCAACCGGAACGUGACGAAUUGGUGGAACUGCUGAAGAAGAAUUUGGAAAAGCGGAAUCUCCAAGCUACUAACUGGUAUCUAGAAAAGAUCGUACAGAUCUACGAAAUGUUACUUGUACGGCACGGCUUAAUGAUCGUCGGCACGGCCUUGGGCGGAAAGACUCAGGCCUAUCAGGUGUUGGCCGAAUCCCUGGGCGAUUUGUCGGGCAUACGUAAAGCUACGAUGCGAGAAUAUCGCACGGUCUAUCGGGUGAUCAAUCCUAAAUCCAUUCCGUUGAGCCAACUGUACGGUAGCUUUGAUCCGGUGUCGCAUGAGUGGAGCGACGGCGUGCUAGCCAAUACGUUUCGUGAAUACGCGCAGUCCAUCGCGAUCGAACGCAAGUGGAUUGUCUUCGACGGUCCAGUGGACGCGAUCUGGAUCGAGAGCAUGAAUACCGUACUGGACGACAAUAAGAAGCUCUGUCUGAUGUCCGGCGAAAUUAUACAGAUGUCCGCGAAGAUGAACAUGUUUUUUGAGCCGGCCGAUCUCGAACACGCCUCGCCCGCCACCGUCAGCAGAUGCGGCAUGAUUUACAUGGAGCCCUCUCAAUUGGGUUGGCAACCAAUCUUCGAAUCUUAUAAAAAGCAUCUUAGGGAGAAAUUAUUAGUCGAGCAAUAUGAACUCAUUGUCGAGUUAAUCGAGUGGCUGACUGUGCCGAUAUUACGUUUUAUUCGAUAUAAUUGUAAAACUUUUAUAGAUACAUCAGAGAUACAUAUGUUUUUAUCUUUCACGAGAGUAUUCAGCAUGAUGUUGGCAGAGGAAACGCAAGUGAGCACAGUGUGGCUUCAAUGCGUAUUAUUAUUCAGUAUAGUUUGGGGCAUUUGCUCAACAUUAACAAGUGACAGUAGAAAAACCUUUGAUGUGUAUCUGCGAAAAUUAUUACUCGGUAAUAUCGAUGAGUAUCCUAAACCGAAGGUGUUCAAAUUGACGAAGCAACAAAUCUUUCCCGAUAGAGGUACGGUAUAUGAUUGGAUUUACGAUAAGAGAAACAAUGGAUGCUGGAUAUCUUGGUUGGAUACUAUGCAGCAGGCACCUUUGCCGGCAACAGCGAAAGCCAGCGAGCUCAUCAUCCAGACGAUGGAAACGUCCAUUCAGUAUUUCUUUAUCAAGAAAUUUAUGCACCGAUCAGUGCCGCUUCUGUUCGUGGGUCCGACAGGCACUGGCAAGUCCGCAAUUGUGCUAGACUAUCUUGUAUCACUGCCACGGGAGAAAUAUCUUGAGAAUGUUGUAAACUUUAGUGCGCGUACGAGUGCGCCGCAGACACAGGAAAUAGUUAUGUCGAAGUUAGAUAGAAGGAGAAAAGGGGUUUAUGGUCCCGCUAUGGGGAAGAAAUGCGUAUUAUUUGUAGACGAUCUUAGCAUGCCACAGGUCGAGAUCUAUGGCGCCCAACCACCGAUAGAGCUACUUCGUCAGUGGGUAGAUCACGGCUACUGGUUCGAUCCGAAGGACACCUCGAUGCUGUAUCUGGUAGAUAUCUUGUUGAUCGCUGCUAUGGUUCCACCUGGAGGUGGUUCUAAUGUUGUGACACAGCGUUUCACUCGCCAUAUGCAUGUGAUUGGUAUCGAUUCUUUCGAGGAGGCCACGAUGACAAAGAUUUUCUCUUCGAUUCUCGACUGGCAUUUUGCCAAAGGCUUCAUCCUGGAGGUUUCACGAUUAAGUAAAAUGGUGGUGAACGCUACUAUGAAAGUGUUUCUUGAAGCCAUCAAGAAUUUCCUACCAACGCCAUCGAGGAGUCACUACAAAUUCAACUUGCGUGAUUUCAGUCGAGUUAUCGGUGGCGUGCUUUUGGUACCGGCUACUAGAAUGAAGGAUCCUGACAAGCUUAUUAGAUUGUGGAUUCACGAAGUAUACCGAGUUUUUCAUGACAGACUAAUAGACGAUACCGAUCGUGAAACACUGUUCAGGUUGAUACGACACACAUGCUACGAUCAACUGCGACAGCCGUUAGAGAAAGUGCUCGCUAAUUUGUUGAAGGCAGGUGAAAAAGCGAUCAAGAGUUCUCACAUUUGUGAUCUUUUCUUCGGGAACUACAUCGAGCCCGACGCUGAUCCGAAGGUGUAUGACGAAGUGACGGAUUUGGACGAUCUUCAGGAGAAAAUGGAUUACUAUUUGUCAGAGUACAAUGCGGUUUCGCAGACGCCGAUGAACCUGGUGCUAUUUCGUUACGCCAUCGAGCACGUGUCCCGUAUUUCUCGAGUAUUGUUGCAGGAUAACGGCCACGCCUUGCUCGUCGGGGUGGGUGGUUCCGGUCGCAAUUCCUGUGCCAAACUGGCAACCAGCAUGUGCGAGUAUCAGAUACAUCAAAUCGAGAUCACUAGGACUUAUGGUCCGACUGAGUGGCGAGAGGACCUAAAACAAUUGCUGUUGCGCGUUGGCUGUGACGGCAAGCCUACCGUUUUCAUCUUCGGCGAUCAUCAAAUCAAGGAUGAAUCUUUUAUCGAAGACAUCAACAUGAUUCUGAAUACCGCGGAUGUGCCGAACUUGUAUGCGAUGGAUGAGAAGGCAGAGAUAUUAGAGAGGAUGAUGACCGUCGCGCGGGAUGUGAGCGGCGGUAAGAAAGUAGAAAUGACGCCGCUGGUACUGUACAAUCUUUUUAUCGAAAGGAUUAAGAAGAAUCUUCACAUAGUCUUGACGAUGUCGCCAAUAGGUGACACUUUCCGCAAUCGUCUCAGGAUGUUUCCUUCGCUUAUCAAUUGUUGCACUAUCGAUUGGUACACUUUUUGGCCCGAAGAUGCCCUUGAAAAAGUAGCUAGAAUGUCGUUGAGAGAUCUCGAUAUCGGUUCGGAACUACGAGAGAAAUGUGUGCAGAUGUGCAAACAGUUUCACACAAGCGUCUCCGUGACGAGUGAAGAUUAUUAUUUAACUUAUGGUAGACGAUAUUACAUCACACCCACAAGUUUCUUACAACUAAUCAAGUCAUUGUACAGAUUGCAUGGACAAAAAAUCGAGCAGAUUACCGUCCAGCAGAAUCGCUACGAAACUGGUCUAGAAAAGCUGGAUUUCGCCGCCAGCCAAGUGACGAUUAUGCAGAACGAGUUGCAUCAAUUACAGCCGAAAUUAUUAGCGCAGUCGCAAUUGAGCGACAAGCUAAUGAUACGAAUCGAACAGGACACGGUGAAUGUGGAGGCGAAGAAAGAGAUCGUGGCGGCUGAUGAAGCUUUGGCGAAUGAAGCGGCUGCAGCGGCUCAAGCGAUUAAGGACGAUUGCGAAAGCGAUCUGGCGGAGGCCACUCCGGCAUUGGAAGCCGCCCUAGCGGCAUUGGACACUUUGAAACCAGCAGACAUCACGAUUGUGAAAGCGAUGAAGAGUCCACCUGCUGGCGUUAGACUGGUAAUGGAGGCGGUUUGCGUACUGAAGGGUGUGAAACCAGACCGAGUACAAGAUCCGGUCACUGGCCAAAUGGCAGAUGAUUACUGGCCCGCAUCUAUUAAGCUACUGGGCGACAUGAAAUUCCUGGAAAACUUGAAAAAUUUUGACAAGGACAACAUACCGCCGGCGUACAUGAAGCGUAUUCGCGAGAAGUUUAUAAAUGACCGCAGUUUCCAGCCGGACGCAAUCAAGAAAGUUUCCACUGCGUGCGAAGGUCUCUGCAAAUGGGUGCGCGCCAUGGAGGUGUACGAUCGCGUGAUCAAGGUCGUAGCACCGAAGAAGGCAAUGCUGGCGGAGGCGGAGGCCGCACUGGCCACGCAAAUGGAAAUGCUUAACGAGAAGAGGGCUCUGCUGCAGGAAGUCACGCAGAAAUUACAAUCGCUGAACGACGAGUUCGCUGAGUGUAUGCGUGAGAAGAAGAAGCUGGAGGAUCAAAUCGACUAUUGCAGCCAGAAGUUGGAGAGAGCCGAGAAGCUGCUGGGUGGUCUGAGUGGCGAGAAGAACAGAUGGAGUGAGACCGCCGAUAAACUGGGCGCCAGCUUAGGGAACAUAAUCGGAGAUGUUCUUUUGUCGUCCGGAGUAGUGGCUUAUCUGGGAGCGUUUACAGUAGAAUACAGAAACAAGUUAAUUGAUCAGUGGCACUCUUCUUGCAUGCAAGCAGCUAUACCAUGUGGAGCAAAAUUUAAUCUGAUCGAUAUAUUGGGUGAGCCCGUAGAAAUAAGGGGAUGGACUAUUCAAGGUCUACCGGCCGAUAACUUCUCGAUAGAAAAUGGUAUAAUCGUGAAGCAUGCCGACCGUUGGCCGCUCAUGAUCGAUCCGCAGAAUCAGGCAAAUAAGUGGGUGAAAAACAUGGAAAAGCCGAACAAGCUGACAGUGAUUAAACUUACAGAUCCUAAUUACGCGAGAGUGAUGGAAACGAGCAUUCAGCUCGGAACGCCGGUGUUACUGGAGAACAUUCUCGAGGAAAUUGAUGCAAUUUUAGAACCAGUAUUGUUGAAGAACGUAUACAAGCAGCGUGGAGUACUGUACAUGAAGUUCGGCGAGACCGUGCUGGAGUACAAUCCGAACUUUAGAUUCUAUAUCACCACGCGUCUGCGAAAUCCGCAUUACCUGCCCGAAAUCGCGGUAAAGGUGACGCUACUGAACUUCAUGAUCACACCAAAGGGUCUGCAAGAUCAAUUAUUAGGUAUAGUAGUGGCCAAGGAAUUACCGACACUAGAGGAGAAAAAGAAUCAACUAAUAGUGGAGGGCGCGAAUAACAGAAGAAUCUUGAAAGAGAUUGAAGAUAAAAUCCUGGAAGUUCUCACAACAUCCGAGGGUAACAUACUUGAGGAUGAGACCGCUAUUAGAAUACUCUCGACCUCAAAGAUGCUGUCAGAAGACAUUCAGACGAAACAGGAAAUUGCAGUGAAGACCUCUGCGGAGAUAGACAAAGCUCGCAAUGGUUACAAGCCCGUCUCAAAACACGGCGCGAUUCUCUUCUUUUGUAUCUCCGAGUUAGCUAACAUCGAUUCUAUGUACCAGUAUUCGCUACCAUGGUUUCUGCAUCUUUAUGUCAUGGCAAUAGCUCACAGCGAACAGUCGACUGAUCUGGACACACGAAUGAAGAGUCUCAAUUCAUAUUUUACUGCGAGCAUCUAUAGAAACGUGUGCCGUUCUCUGUUCGAGAAGGACAAAUUAAUAUUUUCUCUGGUGCUCUGCGCUGGUCUGCUACGCGCCGCUCAUAAACUGGAAGAAGAGCUCUGGGUGUUCUUGUUGACGGGAGGAGUAGCUCUCGAUAAUCCUUAUCCCAAUCCCGAUCCUUCGUGGCUGUCCGACAAAUCCUGGUCCGAAAUUGUGAGGGCAAGUCUUCUACCGGGUCUUGAAAAGUUGAGGGAAUCUUUCCAGUCCAACGUGUCGCAGUGGCAGUCAUAUUACGACCUAUCGAAUCCACAGGAUCAUCCUUUCCCACCACCGUUUGACCACGAAGACGAGAAGACCUUGAAAAAGCUCGUGAUUCUAAGAUGCGUGAGGACCGACAAGCUGGUCGCUGCCGUUCAAUCAUUCAUCAUCCAUCACAUGGGCGCGUCUUUCGUGGAACCACCGCCGUUUGAUCUUCAGAGUUCGUAUGACGACUCGAGCAACAUCACACCUCUCAUCUUUGUGCUCUCGCCCGGAUCAGACCCGAUGGCCGGGCUGAUUAAAUUUGCCGAGGAUCGCGGAAUCUCGAAAAAGAAUCUCAUGACGAUAUCGCUAGGCCAGGGCCAAGGCCCGAUUGCAAUUGGUAUGAUCGAGCGCGGUAUCAAAAGCGGCGAAUGGGUCAUCCUGCAAAACUGCCACCUCGCCGUGUCGUGGAUGAAAGAACUCGACCGAAUAUGUGACGAAAUCAUCGUGUCCGAGAAGACGCAUCGCGACUUCCGCUUAUGGCUGACUAGCUAUCCAUCUAAAGGAUUUCCAGUAUCUAUAUUGCAGAACGGCGUCAAGAUGACGAACGAACCACCCAAAGGAUUGAAGAAUAACUUGCUGCGGAGUUAUUUGAACGAUCCUAUAUCGGAUCCUGUAUUCUUCCGCGAGUGUACGAAGAUAGUGGAAUGGAGGAGAUUGCUGUUCUCUCUGUGUUUUUUCCACGCGGUGGUGCAGGAGAGACGGAAUUUUGGUCCACUUGGUUGGAACAUACCUUACGAGUUUAACGAGUCCGAUUUGCGUAUCAGUAUUUUGCAAUUACAGCUGUUUUUAAAUGACUACGACGAAGUGCCGUUCGACGCGCUCAUUUAUCUGACAGGGGAAUGCAAUUAUGGAGGCAGAGUGACUGAUGAUAAAGACAGACGCCUACUGAAUUCGUUGCUGAAGAAAUUUUACAAUCUUGAAGUUAUUACAAAUACAGAGUACUCAUUUUCUCCGAGCGGAAUUUAUCAUAUACCUGAGGACACCGAUUAUGAAGGAUGUUUGAAGUACAUUCGCAGACUUCCAAUUAAUCAGAUGCCGGAAGUUUUUGGUUUGCAUGAGAAUGCGGACAUAGCGAAGGACAAUCGAGAAGCAAUGCAACUGUUGGCCGGUGUGCUUUUAACACAGCCACAAAUUAGCGGAGUAGGAGUCGAGAAAGAUACGGACGAAGUAGUUUUCGCUCUGGCUAGUGAGAUUUUAUCGAAGAUGCGACCACAAUUCGAUAUUGAAUAUGUAUCGAACAAGUAUCCGGUGCUUUACAUGAAUAGCAUGAACACAGUGUUGCGUCAGGAACUUGUUAAAUUCAACGGUCUCACGGAGGUUAUCAAGGAAACGUUGGACAACGUGCAAAAAGCCAUUAAAGGAUUGGUGUUGAUGUCGCCGGAAUUGGAAAAUGUCUAUCUCAGCUUGAGCAUUGGCAAAGUGCCGCUCGCUUGGGACAGAAAAUCGUACCCCUCCCUGAAACCGCUCGGCAGCUAUGUGAAUGAUCUACUGACGAGAUUGCAGUUUCUACAAGAUUGGAUCGACCACGAUGCACCAAAUGUGUUUUGGAUAUCCGGUUUUUUCUUCACGCAGUCGUUUCUGACGGCGGUGCUGCAGAAUUAUGCUCGUAAACACAAAAUACCGAUUGAUCAAUUGGACUUCGAAUUCGAAAUCACUCAGUUUGAGUCGAGCAUCAACACCGCGCCUUCAUACGGAGUUUAUAUAACUGGUCUCUUUCUGGAGGGAGCUCGAUGGAACAGAAAGAUGAGACUGCUAGAUGAAUCCAAGCCCAAGAUAAUGUUCGAUAUGCUACCCAUCAUAUGGUUAAAACCUGGAGAAAAAGCUAAAUUUAACAUAAGAAACGUUUAUUAUUGUCCAGUAUAUAAGACAAGUGCUAGACGUGGUGUAUUAGCAACCACUGGACAUUCUUCCAAUUUUAUAUUGUAUAUUUUGAUCCCGACGGAUCUGGACGAAUCACAUUGGAUUAAUCGAGGUGUGGCUGCCCUUUGUCAACUCGAUGAUUAAUAAAAACAAUAUAAGGUAUGAAUCCUCGGAGUGACUUAUUUAAUGAUAAUAAUUUGUUAACAUAACCUGAUAAAAAACAUGUCUGAUAAUGGAAUUAAUUGUGUAGAAAUGUUAUAGCUACUAAAGAACUUUGACAAACAUUUACAGCUUUCUUAUAUAUUAAAUGGCAGCCAUGUAUUUUUUUUUAAGUAUCGUAUAAUACAUCGAGACAUACACAGAUCAAAAACAAAGAAAA